UGGUUUCAUGCACAACAAGUACAAGUAUUUGAAGAAACAGAAUAUACACAUUAAUAACGACAAUGAAGUGCUUUUUCAUUCUUGGACUCCUGGCAAUUUCCAGCUUCAACUACGCAUACGCGGCCGGCGAGUGCCCCCGAUCCACUCCCGAUAUGGAGGCCAUGAAGCUGAUCCCGUGUGCGGAGGCUGCGCAAGACCCCAAUGCCUCCGUUUCCAGCAGCUGCUGCGCUCAGGUGAAGAGAAUCGGACAGAAUCCUAAAUGCCUCUGCGCUGUCAUGCUAUCUGAUGUGGCUAAGAGCUCCGGCGUCAAGCCCGAGAUUGCCUUGACUAUUCCCAAGCGAUGCAACUUUGCUGACAGGCCCGUCGGCUACAAGUGUGGACCUUACACAUUGCCUUGAACUUGAAAGGAGGAGUGUGAUCAGAAGAUGGCAAUCCAGGUUGCAAGAAUGAAGAUGUCUACUUUUGCUUCAGUUGUAUGUGUGUUCCCUGCGGGCUACUUCACCGGCUGCCUACUAAUAAUGUAAUUAUAAUAAGC